AUGAACCACUCUCAAUCACAAACUCAAUCCAAGCAGCCCGGUCAGACACAAUCAUCCAACCAAGGUGCCGCUCAAGCACAAGAGAGAACUACGAAAGGUAAUUCUGCUAGUGCUCCUAGGAAAGUCAAGUUCAAUGUUGGCCACACAUACCAUGUCCUCGAUGUGAUCGGGGAAGGAGCUUACGGAGUGGUCGCAUCCGCCGUGCAUCGUCCCUCGGGAACCAAAGUGGCUAUCAAGAAAAUCGCACCCUUCGAUCAUGCCAUGUUCGCCUUGAGGACUUUGAGGGAAUUGAAGUUGUUGAAGUACUUUGCGGAAGAGGGAGUCAGCGAGAAUAUUAUCUCCGUACUGGAUAUUAUCAGACCAGCAUCAUACGAAAGUUUCAAAGAGGUCUACCUCGUUCAGGAACUUCUCGAAACCGAUUUACACCGAGUGAUCCGUACGCAAGAUUUGUCAGAUGAUCACUGUCAGUAUUUCUUGUACCAGACCUGUAGGGCACUGAAAGCACUACAUUCAGCUGAGAUCAUUCACCGAGAUCUGAAACCUUCCAAUCUGCUAUUGAAUGCAAAUUGCGAUCUGAAAGUCUGCGAUUUCGGUUUGGCCAGAUCAACACAAACUGCUACACCUGACACUCAGGGAUUUAUGACUGAGUACGUUGCUACUCGAUGGUACAGAGCCCCUGAGGUAAUGCUUUCCUUCAGGAUGUAUACAAAGUCCAUCGAUGUAUGGUCAGUCGGGUGUAUCCUGGCUGAGAUGUUGAGUGGUAAACCCUUGUUCCCGGGAAGAGACUACCACCACCAACUGUCGCUCAUCUUGGAUGUGCUCGGUACACCAACGUUCGAAGAGUUCUCAGCUAUCACCUCUAAGCGAUCAAAGGAAUAUGUCAGGACUUUACCGUUCAGGAAGAGGAGAACGUUCGAAUCGCUCUACCCCAACGCCUCGCCUCUUGCGAUCGAUUUCCUCAGCAAGACGUUGACCUUCGAUCCGAGGAAACGAUUCACCGUCGAACAAUGUUUGUCUCACCCAUACCUCGACGCAUACCAUGAUCCAGAUGACGAGCCUUCCGCCAAACCCUUGUCACCGAAUUUCUUCGAGUUUGAUAUGAUGAAGGAGGAGAACAACAGGGAGGAUCUGAAGAGGUUGUUGUAUGAGGAGAUCAUGUCUUUUGGCCAUUCCAAUGGUAAUCAUUAG